AAAAACGGAGAGACACACACAGACACACAACGAACACACACACACACACACACAGAAAGAGAGAGAGAGAGAGAGAGAGAAAGAGUGGGAGAGAGAGUUUCGUAACUCAGGGAAGUUUGGUGGAGCCAUCGAUCACCGGAGCGUCUUGUUUUCCUCGGAGCCUGAUGUCAGUGACACGGCGGAGGGCUGAUCGUCGCCUGCGUCACUUUUUCACCGGAGCUGCCUGAUUGAGUUUCUCACCGAGAGGGAGCUUUUGCCGUUCAGCAAGGCAGCUGUGAAACUACCGUCUCUCCCCCCAGGAACAGACUGUAUCCUCCAUCUGAGAAGAGCUUGGCCUGUGCAGCCAUGCUGAUGUAUGAUUACCCUCUGAAGACAGACAUGGAGACGUCAUUCUACUCUUCGUUAGUGAAAACCCCGGAGCCAUACAGAGUGAUCUUCCCCCAUCCCGCCCCCCUCUACCACGCGCACAUGCACACCUUCACCCAGUCCCACUCCCCCAGCAACCCCACACACACCCAGCUGGAGCCAGUGGACCUGUCACUCAGCAAGCGCUCCUCCUCCAGCUCCUCUUCCUCCUCCCCUCCAUGCUCCUCCGCUUCCUCCCCGGCCUCCUCGCGGAGCUCCCCGCCCUCGCCUUACAGCAUGGCGAGCCGCGCCUCCCCCCGCUGCUCCCCUCCACACUCCCAGCUGCGCUCCUCGCCCUCCCACGGCGUCCCGCCGCCCAAUCCCUCACUUCCGUACCCAACCAUGGUGGCUCCUCUCAUCAGCUCGGGCUCCGGGGUCAUCCAGGGGUCAGGGGUCAUGGUGUCUCCAGUCAUGGUUCCUUUGUCUGUCCUCUACUCCUCGCCUCUCCACCUGCACCAGCCAAUAAUGGUGAGCCCACCUGUUGCCUGUGACGACGACCAUCAUCGAAGCAGAGAGCACAAAACAGUUCAUUCCACGAAGCCCAUGGAGCUGCGAGGCGAUACCCACGAUUUGCACAAGCCAAUCAAAACAGAGCCUUGCCCUGAGUUCACUCAUGACCCCCUCAGCAGCCAUGAGAUGAAAUCAUCCGUCAUCAGGAUACCACACGAAUACGAGGGCAACAACCCAUCAGUAAUAGUUCAUUCGGGCACAAAGCAUCCUCUCCCUGCUGACUCUCCUGAUUCACUGAAAAAGCGACGAAUUCACCGCUGCGACUUCACCGGCUGCAACAAAGUGUACACCAAGAGCUCUCACCUCAAAGCACACCGCAGGACACACACUGGUGAGAAACCCUACAAGUGCAUGUGGGAAGGCUGCACGUGGAAGUUCGCCCGUUCAGACGAGCUUACGAGACACUUCCGCAAGCACACAGGAGUCAAACCGUUCCAGUGUCCCGACUGUGAACGCAGCUUCUCCCGCUCUGACCACCUGGCUUUGCACAAGAAACGCCACCUCCUGGUGUGAAACAGUGCUGGGGGCAACUUGAAAGGAACUCGGCGCUGGUUUUCUACGUCGGACUGUACCACUUUGACUUGAGGUUUUUUGUUUUUAAAGAGCUGGGCUUAAACAUUGGACUCCAACGGGGAGUGGGGAAAUGUUCCUCAGGGUGCAAGUUUUCACCUCAUUAGCCUGAAUAAUGAGCUGGUGUUAUCCAUCAGAUUUAUCAUCAGCUCUUUUUGACAUUGUAAUAGAAUUGUAGGUGUUGUACCAGACCUCUGAUCAACUACGGAAAGUCCAGACCCUUUUUUUAAGAAGAGGCUGCAACAUCUCAGCUGGCCUGAGAACAGCGCCCUCUUGUGGCCACAGAACCAAACUGCAUUGACACCCGCUGUUGAAGCCACACAGCAUGCUCAAGCUUCUUUUUGCAUUUUUUCUGCAUGCAUUCAAGUAAGAAUUGUGGACCUACACACACACACACACACACACACACACACACACACUCACACACACACACACACACACACGUGUCACUUGCUAGCUAGGCCAAUAUAAUGUGAAACUCUCCAGAAUGUAUCAUAUCACAUCUACUGUGCAUUGUGUCAUACUUCAGCUUUCUUUCAUCAGCGCAGCUACCUGUGACAUAACGCUAAUGCUAACUCCUCCUUCAUGGACCGACCACAAAAAAAAACACCACACACCUCAUCUGCCUCUACCAGCUUACAUCAUGAAGGUAGCUAGAGGUAGCUAAUGCUCGCAUUCCCUUGUACAUACAUGCAAAUGUUUAACGGCACACACAGCAGAAUACAUGCACUUAAUAAAAGCAGCUCAGCCUCUGUCUUGUGUGCUUUUGGUAUUUGGGUUGAAAAAAACGGGGACUGUGGGUCUCAUUCAUUGUCAGAGUGAAGUCUUUUUUAUGUUUUCAUUCAGAAAUGUGAAAGUUGCUGCACAGGGGCAUUAUUGUGUUAGUGAGGAAAAGACACCACUCGGUUGGUUUAGGGGUAGAAGCAAUGAAUUGUGUUUUACCAAUGUUUUAUAUCACAGUUUAUGUAUCUAUAAACUAUUGUUUGGUUUGUGAUGUGACAACGUGGUAGCCUUUUUUCAUUGUAUUACGAUUUUAUAUGGGGAAAAUACAAAGUGCAAAGCAGGGAAAUUUGCUCAAUAAUUUUUGUUUUUCAGGAGCAGAUGAGUUUUAUUCCAGUAUACCUUACAGGAUAUCUUAAAUAGGAUAUUUUGAAAGAAAAUGACAUUUAAUUCCACAGUGUUGAAUAUUGCAAUAGACCAUUAUGAUUCCAAUCAAAGGUUGUAAAAUAACAAAUUAUUUUCUACAACACCCUCGUCUUUUUUAAAUGCCAUCACCACUUUAGAGAGCAUGACUUUUUUUUUAUAGCUUCUGGAGAACAAAUAGUUUUGUGUAUAGCAGCGUCUUUGUACAUCUUUAAUGUGCACUUUAUAUACAAAUAUACAACCAUAUAUAUAUAAAACAUUCCCAAAGCCAAACAUUUUUAAAUCAGUUUGCUCUAUUCACAGAUCUGCUGGUCAGUUUGACAGUUUGAUCUUUCUAAUUAUGUAAUACAUGAGGAAGGUGUGACCCUUUCUUUCAGUCACAUGCACACAAUCAAACACACAUACAUACCGAAUGUAGCGGCUCAACUGAUCUGCAUUUGCUCCUGGAUACUCUUUGCAGUUUUUGCUUGUAUAUGUUUUUGUAUCUCUGCAAAUAUAAGUUUCAUAUAUAAAUAUAUAUAUAUAUCUAUAUAGAUAUAUAUAAUUGAUUGUUAGAAUGAAAGGGCAAUUAAAGGUUUUUAUUAAGCAUGAUUUUGAUACUCUCAUAAUAAUGGAUAUUAUACAUUUCUAUACUGUUGUGUCUAUAAUAAACCCUAUCUCUUUUUAAUCUAAAUGUUGGCUAUUCAAAGGGAACAUGUUAAACUGUGAAUAUGUAACUGUACAGGUUUAUCUGCAAUUUUGCAUUUAUUUUAAAACAGAAUAUUCAUACCACUUAAUAAACUUAUUGGCAAUAUUUGCAGAA